AUGGGCAACCGACUUCACACCGUAGCUCUGAAAGCUGCUGUCCCCACACGUUGUGCAGAGUCCACAGUCGUUGCGUAUGUAACGACGUCACUUGACUACCUUUUCCUCACCCUCUUCCAGACAGAUCCACGACGAACCCGACGGGGGUCAUGCGGUCGACCGGCGUCAACUUCGCCCAAGCCUCGGUUCUUCGUGCCCAGUGAGGAUGGGCAUCACCGUGAAUACGUCGCUCCGAGUGAUAUGCGACUAGAGAUGAUCUCAGGCGGGCCAGGCGAAGUCGACGUCCGAGUAUCCGAUCACCGACUCACGGUCCUGGCUACAAGCUCAAGCUCAAGGGCUAUCUUCCUCAUCAAAGACGGACUUCCACGGACCUGCGCAUACAACGACCUUCGUCUUGGUGCGCUCACGACCUGGUUGCGAACAAUUCCGACCUAG